CACACCACACACUACCACCACGCACAAAUCGUCCUAGCUUGAUCUCAAGGGCGGCCAUGGAGACGAUGGCGGCGAACGGCGGUGGGAAGGGCAGGGCGGCGGCGAGGUAUGGGGACAGGGAGCAGCAGGGCGCGGGGUGCGGAGGCGCGGGCCGCUUCCAGAUGCCACUGCACUACCCGAGGUACACCAGGGACAACUACGAGGCCAUGCCCGAGUGGCAGCUCGACCGCCUCCUCUCCGACUACGGCCUCCCCGUCCACGGCAACGUCAAUCAGAAGCGCAGCUUUGCCAUGGGCGCCUUCCUCUGGGGCGCCGGAAACUGAUCUGCCGACCGGCCGUACGUCUAAUCUUCUCCCUCCACCGUGGAGCAGACGAGCAGUGCUAAUCAAUCAUUCAUGAGUCAUGACUCACUUACGAUGGACCUGAGAGAUACUCCCUCUCUUCCAAAAUAGAUGACCCAACUUUGUACUAAUUUUUAUACAAAGUUAGGUUAUUUAUUUUGGAACGAAGAAAGUAGUAUUAUCCACAUACGCAGAGAUCGAAUAGCUAGCUACUCCUCCUGUCCCAAAAUAUAAAAACGUUUUUGACAGUAGUAUAGUAUUAUAAACGUUCUUAUAUUUUGAGAUGGAGGGAGUAGCUACCAAGUUGAUAUGACAUGGCAUAUACUAUAUGUGUUUGUAUGCUAAUUUGGACUAGUUGAUCGUUUGAAUUUCUAGCUAGCUACGGUGGUGUGGUUACUGAUGUGUGAAACUGGGAAUUGCGUAUGUCUUAAUAAACUUCUUAA